CCACGAGGACAAACAAACCUCCCCACCUUCAGAAAUCAGAUCUAAAAGAAGCUAUCCCUCUCUCUCCCUCUCCAUCUCUCUCUCUCUCGGUUUCUCUCACACCGACACAUAGUCGGACGCCAUGGAGUCUCCAAGAUCUAUGGCAGUCUCUGCGCUGUCGAUCUUCGCAAUCUUUCUGGUUCUCAUCCAUGGCGCCUAUUCCUUCUAUCUCCCCGGUGUCGCUCCCGAGGACUUCAAACAGGGAGAUGACUUGAAAGUGAAAGUUAACAAAUUGACUUCUACAAAGACUCAGCUUCCGUACUCGUACUACUCUCUUCCGUUUUGUCGCCCGAAGAAAAUAGUAGAUAGUGCUGAGAAUCUUGGGGAAGUGCUUCGCGGUGACCGUAUUGAGAACUCUCCAUAUGUGUUUAAAAUGCGUGAACCACGGAUGUGCAAUAUCGCCUGUCAUGUAACACUUGAUGCCAAAACCGCAAAGGAGUUUAAGGAGAAGAUAAAUGAUGAAUAUCGGGUCAACAUGAUCCUUGAUAACCUGCCUCUAGUGGUUCCCGCACGAAGGCUGGAUCAGGAAUCUCCAAUUUAUCAGCUUGGCCAUUAUGUUGGACUGAAAGGACAAUCUACGGGUAAGGACGAAAAGUAUUAUGUCUACAAUCAUUUGUCAUUUACUGUCAAAUAUCACAAAGAUACGCAAACCGACUCGGCAAGAAUUGUGGGUUUUGAGGUUAAACCAUUCAGUGUUAAACAUGAGUACGACGGAAAAUGGAACGGACAGAACACUCGUUUAAGUACCUGCGACCCCCAUGCAAAACAAACGGUUGUUAGUUCUAACACUCCCCAAGAGGUUGCAGAGGGAAAAGAAAUUAUUUUCACAUAUGAUGUGGAUUUCAAGGAUAGUGAUGUGAAGUGGGCUUCUAGAUGGGACGCUUAUCUCUUGAUGAACGACGAUCAAAUUCACUGGUUUUCAAUUGUCAAUUCGUUGAUGAUUGUCCUCUUCCUCUCGGGUAUGGUUGCCAUGAUAAUGCUUCGGACACUCUACCGUGAUAUUUCCAAGUACAAUGAACUUGAGACCCAGGAAGAAGCCCAAGAAGAAACAGGAUGGAAGCUUGUUCACGGGGAUGUUUUCAGGCCGCCGCAAAACUCUAAUCUGCUCUGCGUUUACGUCGGAACUGGAGUCCAAUUUUUUGGGAUGAUUCUUGUGACCAUGAUCUUUGCUGUUCUCGGAUUCCUUUCCCCAUCAAACCGAGGUGGUCUUAUGACAGCCAUGCUUCUGCUUUGGGUCUUCAUGGGUCUUUUCGCUGGUUACUCCUCUGCCCGUUUAUACAAAAUGUUCAAAGGAUCAGAAUGGAAGAAGAUUGCGCUCAGAACCGCCGUUAUGUUCCCAGCUAUUGUGUCUGCGAUUUUCUUCGUCUUAAACGCACUCAUCUGGGGCCAGAAAUCAUCCGGGGCUGUGCCGUUUGGAACCAUGUUUGCCCUCAUCGUCUUGUGGUUCGGAAUCUCAGUCCCACUCGUGUUCGUUGGCAGCUAUGUAGGAUUCAAGAAACCAGCAAUUGAAGACCCUGUGAAGACCAACAAGAUCCCAAGGCAGAUCCCUGAACAGGCCUGGUACAUGAACCCGGUUUUCUCAAUUCUCAUCGGAGGAAUCCUCCCCUUUGGAGCCGUCUUCAUCGAGCUUUUCUUCAUCCUCACCUCAAUCUGGCUGAACCAAUUCUACUACAUUUUCGGUUUCCUCUUCUUGGUCUUCAUCAUCCUCAUCGUCACUUGCGCGGAGAUAACCAUUGUGCUCUGCUACUUCCAGUUGUGCAGCGAGGACUAUCUCUGGUGGUGGAGGUCAUAUCUCACAUCAGGCUCAUCUGCUCUAUACCUUUUCCUCUAUGCUACCUUUUACUUCUUCACAAAGCUUGAAAUCACAAAGCUUGUGUCUGGCCUACUAUACUUCGGAUACAUGUUGAUUGUUUCAUACGCAUUCUUUGUGCUCACCGGUACCAUCGGUUUCUAUGCAUGCUUCUGGUUCACAAGGCUCAUUUACUCCUCGGUGAAGAUUGAUUGAAGUGUUUGUGCCGGUUAUAUAUCUCUCCGUUUUGGCAGAAUGCGAAACAGUGUCUUAGUGUAAGAUUUGAAAAUUAAGGUAUGGUUUUGUCUUUUCCCACAUUUAACAUCUUGUAUUCAAUUUUGAACGGUGACAAGGUCAUAACUCUGUUAUACUACUGUAUUCGCUCAAAUUUUCUAGAACUAUUCCAUUUUAAUCCCCAUCAAUGAUGUUUGUAGUUUACAAUCAUAUUCCAGUAUCCAAUCAUUGGCAACUCGUGCCAAUAUAUAGGAGAAUGCUCAGAAGCUUCGAUUUCUCAUCUUUGAAAAUAGAAAUGAGCAUAUAUGAGCAUGUAACAUUAAGAGACGCAAAUGAAAACUAU